AUGGACACAGAAAGUAGUAGCAGGGCAGGUCUUGCUUUCCCAAUGUCACAAAGCCCCUCCAGCGUGCCCCAGAUCGAACUUUCGGAAGUAUCUCUCCAUGAUAACGCCUUACGGGAGGAGGCUGCCUCAGCCCCACCAAGCAGUACCUGGCUAAGGUUUUUGAGGAGGGAGCUGGAAUUCCUGGGGGUAACACAAAUUCUGAUUGCUUUGAUAUGUCUUUGUUUUGGAAUAAUCGUCUGCUCUGCGAUCAAUGCUUCCGAAUUUAAGGAAGAUUUUUUUUCAUCAUUUAAAGCAGGCUACCCAUUCUGGGGAGCAAUGUUUUUUGCUAUUUCCGGAUUUUUUCCAAUUCUGUCUGAAAAGAAAUAUGCCAUAUAUCUGGUGUGGGGAAGCCUGGGAGCAAACACCGUCAGCAGCAUCGUUGCAGGAAUAGGAAUCUUCAUCCUGACCAUCAACUUGACGAGUUGCUGGCCUCAUAUCUACAACUGCCAGGAAGCUGGUGGAGAUGUCUGCUUUGUGGCUUGGUUUUCCACCGAGAUCGUGGCAAUGAUCCUGUUUCUCACCGUCCUGGGGUUUUGUAGUGCUGUGUCACUCAUGAUCUAUGGCCUUGGAGAAGUAUUCCAGGAAAAGAAGAUUCCAGAAGAUCGUCUUUAUGAAGAAUUAAACAUAUAUUCGCCAAUUUACAGUGAGUUGGAAGACAAAGGGGAGACAUCUUCUCCUGCUGAUUCAUAA